CAGGCGUUAGUGGUCAGUCUGCAGACGGAGGCUCAGCUGACACACUGACAAAUCUGUACAGUGUGUGUGAAUUGAUCAGUUUUCUGUCAGUUUUUGAGCGAGAGACAAACACCUCCGCAGCCAUGACCACCUUCGAUGACAUCCUGGAAGAAGCAGGGAAGUUCGGCCGCUCUCAGAAGCGGAUCUUCGCCCUGCUCUGCAUGGUGUCCAUGCCCUGGGCCGGUGUGUACGUCGGCAUCGUGUUCCAGGGUUUCACCCCGGAUCACUGGUGUCGAGACUCGGCCGUGGUGGACAUGAGGCAGUCAUGCGGCUGGAGCCUGGCAGACAGUCGCAGGCUGACGGUGCCUCUGGUCAACAGCUCCGGAGUGAUGCAGCAGAGCACCUGUGAGCAGUACGUGGUGGACUGGAACGCCACAGCACUCACCUGUGACACAGAGGAGCUGGACCUCAGCAAAACUCCUAUGACGGCCUGCAGAGAAGGAUGGGAGUACGAUUACGAGGGAAGACAGUCCUUUGUUACCGAGUUUGACCUGGUGUGUUCAGACAGUUGGUUGGUGGAUAUGUACCAAGCCACUCUCAACGUGGGCUUCCUGGUUGGGAGUAUCGCCAUUGGUUACUUGGCUGACAGGUUUGGUAGAAAGAUGAGCUUCCUGAUGUCCAACCUGUUGAAUGGGAUUGCAGGAAUCCUGGUGGCAGUGGCUCCAGACUACGUGUCUCUUCUGGUUUUCAGAACUCUCUAUGGGUUCGGAGUGAAAGGAGGCUGGGUGGCCGGAUACGUGCUGAUCACAGAGAUCGUGGGAGUUGAGUACAGACGCACAGUGGGAGUCAUUUACCAGAUGUUCUUCAGCGUCGGCAUCCUCAUCCUCCCUCUGCUUGCCUACUAUAUCACCGACUGGCGCUGGCUGCAGGUCGCCAUCACCAUCCCCUACAUCAUCUUCCUGUCCUACUACUGGUUUAUCCCAGAGUCUCCAAGAUGGCUUCUCUCUCAGAAUAAAAAGUCCAAAGCUGUGGAGAUCACUGAGGCCAUGGCCAAAGAGAACAAGAUGACGCUGUCCAAGAACAUCGAGACUCUGACAGAUGAUAAUGCCGAAUCCUGCACUGCCUCCUUCAUGGACCUGAUCAGAACUCCAAAAAUGAGAAAACACACUUUCAUCCUCAGCUACAACUGGUUCACCAGCGCUGUGGUCUACCAGGGUUUGAUCAUGAGGCUGGGUAUUCUGGGAGGAAACGUCUACAUCGACUUCCUCAUCUCCGGCUUGGUGGAGUUCCCUGCUGCCUUCCUCAUCCUCUUCACCAUUGAACGUAUCGGCAGGCGCAUUCCCUUCGCCACCGCCAACAUCGUAGCUGGAGCCGCCUGCUUUAUCACCGCCCUCAUCCCUGACAGUAUGUUCUGGUUUAAGACAGUGGUGGCCUGCAUCGGUCGGCUGGGCAUCACCAUGGCCUUUGAGAUGGUGGUGUUUGUGAACACUGAGCUCUACCCAACAUUUGUCAGGAACCUGGGAGUGUCAGUUUGCUCUACUCUGUGUGAUGUCGGAGGCAUUGUAGCCCCCUUCCUGCUCUACAGACUGGCUGUCAUCUGGCUGGAGCUGCCUCUCAUCAUCUUUGGCACUUUGGCUUUCCUGGCCGGUGGUUUGGUGCUGCUGCUUCCUGAGACCAGAGGUGUGCCGCUACCUGACACCAUUGAUGACAUCGAGUUCCCAGAAAAAGUGAAGGAGAAAGCUGCACUGAACAGCCAGCAGCUGGACAACCUGCUGCCCAACGACGACGUCACAACCAACAAAGAACCAGCAACUGUUUAAUCUCCCUCUGUGACCAAAGUAUUUAUUUAUGUUGUGUGCAGUGUUGCUUGUAGAUACAUCAAGUCCUAUCUUUGAUUUUUGUUUUUUAAUGAGCUUUGUCAAAGUUUUUGGUGUCUGUCUGCGACCCGCAGAGAAUGAACUGCAGCUGUAAAGUUUCUGUGUUAAGCCUCGGUGAUGAAUGACGUUGGAUGACUUAGUAAAAUGUGUGUACAGAGAGUGGGUGUGUGGACUCAAGUGUUAGGAUAUCAUCAGAAUUAUUAUAGAAAUGUAUUAUUAAAUUAUUAAAGAGUUUUCUUUGAACACAA